GUAGAUGAAGGGAUGCUCAUCUAUGAGCAUGCAAGUAAGGAGGCAGUUUAUUGGAAUGCACAGGAUUCUUUUACCUUUACAGUCUCCUCCCCGCCAGCAGCUCUGGAUCCUCAGGUGUUCCUCAUUAAUAUUUCUUACGAAAUUAAAGGACAUGAUCGGACCACUCAGCUACUUGCAAAUACAGGUGCUGUUGUCCAUGAAGGAGGCAAGGUUUUAAUUGACAAAACUAACCUAGAUGGUUCAAAUUUGCUCUUUAAAUUACCCGAGAUGCAACGUUCUGCAUAUGAAGUAUGGUAUCAAGUUAUUUCAUUGCCCCCGCAUGGCAGAAUUGUGGUGGGAGAAAGAAACAUUACUAGGGAGAAACCCAAUUUCUCCCAAUACAUCCUUAACAAAUUUGGAAUCACCUAUAUACAUGAUGACUCUGAAUCACUCAUGGACCAAUUUAUUUUUGCUGUGUGGCUAAACCAGAAAGGCAAGUCUGCCGUGAAACCCGAUUCUGGUGUUUUAGAAGAGACAUUUAAUAUCACUGUUGUGCCCGUGAAUGACCACACUCCAGAGCUAAAGACAAAGCAGCUACAUUUGAAUGUUUUACAAGGAGAUACAGCAGUUCUAGGACCAGAAAACCUGAAAGUGGAAGACUUGGAUAACACCCCGGAAGAGAUCAAAUACACUAUCAUAAGCAAUCCCCCAAACGGCUACCUAGCAUUGCAGACGCAUCUCAACGAAUCCAUCAAGGAUUUUACGCAAGCUGAUGUCGAUGGUGGCAGAGUCUGGUUUGUGCAAGAUGGAACUUCUUCCUCUGGGGUCUUCUACUUUAGCGUGACAGAUGGAAAACACCGUCCACUGUACAAGCUUUUUAACCUUGAGGUGACACCCAUGGCCGUCACCUUGGUCAACCUAACAGAGGUGGUGCUUUCACAAGGGCAGAGCAGUGCCGCUAUUACGAAUGUACACCUUUCGGCGACCACAAAUGGGAGAAACGCUGAGAUCAGUUUUGAAGUAACAGAACCCCCCAGAUAUGGGCAUUUAUUGAUCGGCAAUGAGCGCGUCACCAAGUUUUACCAAGACGAUUUAUAUGCAAGUAGACUAGUGUAUUGUAUGACGGACCUCACCGCAACUGGAGAUAGGCUGGGAUUCACGGUGUUCACGUUGGACAGUAAUCUAACGGGACAAGCUAUGAACAUCACGAUCCAGCCUCUUGUGCGAACGGCACUUGGCUUGAACAUUCCAAACAGGGCGGCUUACCAGCUAAAAGCCAGCGACCUGGAUGCUUCACAGCUGGCAAACUUGACAAACAGCAACCCCAAGUUUGAAGUGAUGGUGCCUCCAGCUUAUGGGAAAGUGCUAAGGAGGUCAUUAACCAAUUCUAAAAGUGAAGCUGCAUUCUUCACUCAGAGCGACAUCAACAAGGGUGCUAUAUUCCUUGAGGCAGAUGCCAAUAUGACAGGGGUUGAUGUAUUAAAUGAUUCCUUCACAUUUGUACUUGGAGCCGACAAAGUGCAGCCUGCCAUGGGCCAGUUUCACUAUGCCAUAGUGCCGCAUGAUCCCUUGCUGAUUCAGAUGUUUACACCGGAAGUGCCUCUCUUAACUACUAGUGCAAACAUUUUAAAGACUUACUCCGUUACAAAAACCGAACCUGUGAUUUUUCCAGAGGGUGACGGGCACACUGAAGCACCAAGCCACACUCCGUGGCAUAACCAAAAUCACCAGGGGCAUCAAAACGAUAAAGAGGUAUGGUUUAAUGAGGAGGUUGCAAGAGGCAGAUCUGCCUGGGCUGAGACCACCAUCAAAACAAGCUCCAGAAGCACCUGGGUUCAGCCCCCUCAUAGCAGCAACCGACUGCUCAUCAUUGUACCGCUCGCUGCUGUGGCAGUUCUGUUCAUUGCGAGUGCGGUGGCCGUUUGCGUCUUCCUAAUGUGUCACAAUCCCCAAAAGACCAAGCCUCUCGUUGCAGGCCAGCCGCCAGCAGCUCUCAGCAGCCCAGGCUUUUGCCAGGAAAGGCGUUUGACUGUCCCCGUGGUCACAAUGACACCCCUGCUAGAAGGUGCAGGCAAAACAACCACCUUCCCGUUCAUGGCGGUCAGACGGGAGCAUCUUCAUCCUGUGCCAGUUGCCCCAGCUCCAGCCAAAGAAAGUCUUCUGCAAAGCAGCUGGUCUGGACUUGACCCGGAAAUGAUCCAGCACUGUCGGAAAACCAACCCAACUUUGAAGCGCAACCAGUAUUGGGUCUAGUGUGCCAUUGCAUCAACUGAGGAUCAUGUGGGCUUCUGCCAUUUUGACACUGGGUUGCUUUUGAUGGUGUGUAUUUAUUUUAGGUUAAAAUAUGCAUUCCCUGGUUGUUGCCUCAUUAGAAGCCCUGGCAGGUCAAGUGAAUAUCUUAGUGGGCUUUCAGCUAGAUCGGGGUUGGAGAACCUCAGACCCUGAGGCUGAAUGUGGCUAUCCAGGCAACUUUACCUGGCUUCUGGGACUCUCCCCAAUCACCCUCCUCCCUGAGUCUGUUUGCCUGGCUAGAAUGGGUCCUUGAACUCUGAAAAGUUGUCUGGAUGGAGGGCAGAGAGGGAUGUGUGAGGAUGUGUAGAAACAAACAUAGGACUCAGCUACGUUCGUAAAGAUAAAGCGCUAUAUAUGUGUUAACAACACUGUGACGCCAGAUGGCACUGUGGAGUCCCGUCUUUUGCCAACGGGAUUUCCCUGUAUGAAGUUUACAAUGCGUUUAACCGAAUUGCUUCUUUGAUGUGUCUAGAUCCAGCCCUACAGUACAGAAGUAGAAUUAGCAUGCCUUGUUCCACCCAUGUCCAUUCCUGGCUUCCAGCCACCACUGGCAUGUGGCCCUGAAGGGAAGGUAGCUUUUU